AUGGGAUUCGAAAUAAGAUUAGGUCAUCGACAUAUAAGUAGCAACAGUAGUUAUACGAUAGCUAUUAUGCAUAAACAGAUGACCAAAAAAUAUAUAGAAAAAACGGGCGUUAAGUCGAUUUUGUGGAAUCGUAACAUUUCGCAGAAAAGGUAUUUGAAUCAGGAUACCAAUGCAGCUGGAGUCUGGGAUCCAUUUCCCGAGAAAUCCGCCGAGACUGCCUUAGAUGAUGAUAAUGAUAGCUCGAAAAAGAAAAAGAACAAAUCUUCGGGCGGUAGCCAAAAGCGCGUGUGGCUUUCCCCUCGUGUGAUGGAUGCAGUUUUAACCACCGUGAUGGGUUUGGCCGCAGUCGGCCUUGGAGGCCUGGGAAAUACUAUUUACUUAUGGGGGAGAAGGGAACAGGAAAAACACAAUCGGUGUUUAUUGCAAUGGAAAAAAAUAAAACAUUAUGGAGUUGUGUUUGCCGAUGCUCAUUCGGAUAGCGAAAUAUUCAAAACUAGAUUAGGCAAGGCGUUGAGAUAUACUUACAGAGAAGAUUAUGUGGGUCAAUUAUUUGCGAGAGAGGCUCCUGAGAGAGGUUCAGCAUUGCUUGACGUGGAAAAAGCUCUUAAUAUGGUAGAAGCCGUUGCAAUUAAAUAUAAAAAACGACGAGGUCGACCAUUGGUUUUAAUUAUCAAUAAUAUUCAUUCGUUUAAAGAAGAUGAAGAAGGCGAGGACUUAAUGGAGCUUUUGCAACAACGAGCUGAAACAUGGGCCGCUGCAAAGAUUGUGACUAUGGUGUUUAAUACGGACGAUUAUACCGUUUAUGAGCGCAUGAAGAGAGACGCGUCCCGCAUGGAAGUGAUUAGGAUAAAUGAUUUAGAAACAAAAGAAGCGAUAAAGCUACUUAAAGAAUUUCGUAAUGGCGAUGAUCCUGAUGAGGUCUUAGAGAAGAUAAUAACUGAACGUAUCGGUGGACGUCUGUCCUUCGUUAGCAAAUUGGGCAAAUCAUCGGAUCUAAUUAAAUCUACAGAAGCUCUAGAGAUAGAGGAGAAACAUUGGAUAACAAGCAGAAUUGGACUCAUCCCAGAUUUUGAGGAGUCGGCAUUUGAUGAUCAGAAAUAUGCAUUAUGUGCUUGGAAAUUGAUCAAGGCACUGGUAAAAUCUCAGGAAAAGUCAUUACCACUAAAAGAUUGUAGAAUCAUUACUGGAAACCCCAAGUGGAUAGAAAUGAUGGAUCAUGAUAACAUUAUAAUGAUCGAUGAUCAACAGAAUGUGAAAGCUGAUUCGAAAAUUUUGCAAAAUAUUUUUGAGGAAACUGUUAAUGAAGAGGGAUUUGAUGAAUUAUUGGAUAAUGUUAAUGAGAGAGUCGAAGAGGUUGACAAAGAACAAAGAACCAGAGAGUUAAUAUGGAGUAAAAAGAAUAAUCAAGUUGUUAGGCAUGCACCACCUAAAGGUUGGUUUUGGUAA